CGUUGACUUGUGAGUUCCUGUGACAGUUGUGCAAUCGAAAACUGAAAGCUUUUAUUUACUUAUCAGAUGUCCAUGUUCACCCGUCAGCGGCGGCAGCUCAACUCUGAUCUAAUACAGGGAUAUUAAUCCUCGAAAUGUUCCUCAUUUCUCUACUUUUGUCGUUUUUCGUAUUCUUUACGGAUCAAUCUGAAUCCUGUAACGACUCUGAUUAUACGGCACCAAGCAUCACUCACUUGAAGGCUUUUAGUGAGAAGCAAAGCCUUGUGGUGACUUGGCCUGGACGCCACUCAAACGACGAGAGGGACAUUUAUGAGAUCCAGAUAAGCCGCACUGAAACGCAGAGCAUUAUUUACAGCAUGAACGUGAGUGUGUCUAUCGCGGCUGAACACGAUUGGACGUGGGUUUCUGACUUACCUCUGGAAUGCGCCGACCAUUCUGUCAGGAUGCGAUAUUUAUGUAAUCAGUCGGUCCCGAGUCCUUGGAGCAACUGGACAACCAACAAAGGAGUAAAGCUGACGGCUGGGUUGAGGAUCUUUCCUUCCUACCGUGUGCUGCCGGAAGGAAAAAGCGCCACCUUCUGCUGUGUCGCCCCCGAAGGAGACAACAUUUCAAGCAUAACCUUCAGGAAUAACCGUCACCCCACUACAAGCAUCGGAGCCACAGCCAAGGCCAUCACCAUCAACAACCUGACAAUCCCCACUCAGCUGUUCAAGUCUUUGCUCCUCACCUGCACUGAGGCGUCGGGCAAAAGCAAAUCCACCUUGAACUACGUCAGUUUUCCUCCUCAGAAGCUUCUUAACCUCACCUGUGGCACAUCCGACCUGAAAACUGUGGUCUGCACCUGGAACUCGGAGAGAAAAAGAGACCCGUUUGAUAAGAAUACGCAAACAUACACUCUCCACAUCGAGAACUCUGAUCAUGGUCUCAUCUCUUGUGAGACAUCGUCUUGUAGAUUUCCAGCUGUGCCACAGCUGCAGGAAUACAAAAUAAGUGUGAUGGUGAAGGACAAGCUGGGAGAGGAGAUGGAGAGCUACAGCUUCAACAUUUCUGACAGAGUUCUCCCUGAGUUGGAGUGGUACAGAGUGAUACCCGGCGUGACAAAUGUCAGCGUCUCCUGGAGAGUGAUGGGAAACUUGACCCACAUGAAGCUCAUCUGUCAGGUUUCUGCAGCUCCAGGAAACAUCACUCAGCAGGUGGACUGCAACAGUUCAAGUGAUGUCUGCAAAGCUGAUGUGGAACAUCUGCAUCCAAGCAUGCUGUACUCAAUUAUUGUGCGAUGUUCUACAAAUAACAAACUUUGGGGAAAUUGGACGAAGCCCAAGUUCUUUAAGACAUAUCCUCUGGUAUCGUUGGACUUAUGGAGGAAAGUAAAGCUGCCGUCUGCCUCUCAAAUCCGUCACGUUACUCUCCUGUGGAAUACCCACAUCAGUGACAAAGCAGUAAACAUCCUCAGCUACAGACUCCAGUGGUCCCAGAAGGACCAGAUAUGGACGAAGAUGACGGAUGGACGGCAGAAUCAGCUGGAAGUCACGAUUGGUCCAGAAAAGUGUGACUUUACCGUGGAGGCGGUUCUGGAGACGAGCUUCUGUGCUGCUGCUGCACACAUUACUGUUCCUCCAGUGGCGCAAACAGAAGCUCUCAUCGUAAAGAGACGACUCAAGACUACGUCAGCCAAUGGUUUCAGACUCUCCUGGGAUGAAGAUAAAGCUGCCACCUGUGGCUACACUGUGGAGUGGUGCAUUCUGGGAAGUGCAGUUCCCUGUACCUUAAAGUGGAUAAAAUUGCCAAAAGGAAACAACUCUUUGUUCUUAUCGAGCAGAAAUUUCACAUCAGGACUGAGGUAUUCUUUUAACAUUUACGGAUGCACAGAAAAUGGACACAAACUGCUGGAGGUGAAGACCGGAUACUCACAGGAACUCAAGUAUGUCCGGCCUCCGAGUCUCAUCCAGCCUGUUCAGACUACAUCUUCAUCCGUAACGCUGGAGUGGCUUUUCAGCGAGGAAGAUCCAUCUCAUCCCGCAUUCAUCAUGGGAUACCUGGUUACUGUACAGAGGGGAGGAUCUGAAGAAGUUCAAGCUACAAAUCUGUCGAUAGCUGACCCCCUGCAGACGUCUGUAACUGUAGAGGGUCUGCAGCCGGACCAAGAAUACGUCUGCUCUGUGAGCGCUCUCACCACAGAGGGGCCUGGACUUCCUGUCAGCGUCACCUUCAGGACCAGAACUGCCUAUCCGUCUCAGCUGGCAAAGUUCCUGCCUGCAGUCCUGCUGCUGCCGGGCUGCAUCGCUCUCCUGUGGCCUCAGAGAAAAAAGUCAGCUUAAUUGAUAAAGACGGGGCUGAAGGAAAUGUUUGCUUAUCCGUCUGGAAUGAACAUUAAAAUUCCAGAGUUUGAAAGCUUCCUGGAUGAGGUAUGAAGAAACAACCACAAACUGUCAAAUCAUUCACGGAGAAGAAUGAGCUAUUAUCAGUUCAACAACCACACCAGCACUUCUCUCCUUUUUUAACCUCAUCUAAUCUAACCCCAAUAACCCAACCAAAAAUAUGCAAUAAAAACUGUUUUUCUUCUAUUGCUUUGGGUGAGUCAAUACACACAAUCAAUGUUUUUAAAGUGUGUUUUCCAAAUGUGUUCUACUGUUUGGUUGAGGAUUUAAGUACAAACUGUACUUGUGAGGUGAAAGCUUCUUAUUUCCAUAAAUGUGAAAAGCAGCAGCAGCAUUUUUGGGGAUUUGUCCUUUAAGUUAAAUUUAAAUUUAUUUGGUUGACAUUACGUUUUUAUUAAGCUAAAAACAAACGUGAAGCUACGUUUACAUGCUCUCAGCAACAUGCGUUCAAUGAAAGGUUCAUGUUAACAAAUGUAAAUGUUGGUUUUUUAGGCUCCACGUACAACACAGUAGUAAAAGAAGCCCUUCCCUGCUUGUGCAGUGUGAAAACAACUCACAGGUUUAAGCUUUACUUAAUUUUCAGUGUUGAGACGCUGCAGCCACAUGUCUAGUUAAUUAGUCGCCGUUUCCUAUAACGACUGGAUUCUUUAGACAAUUACUGUCCAGUUAAAAUCAGCUAAACAACACAACUUUUGUGUUCAUCUAGUUUAGUUUAAAACACAAAUGUCAUAUAGUUGUAUAUUUUUAAGUAAAUGUUCGACGUGUACAGUUAUGUGUGUGAUUUUAUAUUGUGAUUAUUCGCAGAUAUUAAGUGGCCGGCAAAUACUUUAACUUUAAAAGAAAGUACUUGCGACUAUUUUUUUUCCAGAUUUAAAAUUAAUUAAAUUCUUUUAAUCAACUCCCAGGUCUAAUUUUUAAGUUUAUUUUUUCUUACAGGAACAUACAAUGAAACAAUCUCACAAACCUCAUUUUCUUUUCAACUAUUUUAUUUUCAACUUUCUGUCAGACAUUGAAUUUAUUGAUUAAGUUUGUCAUUUUUGUAUAAUUAUACGGAUUCAGCUUUGUCAUGUAAAAUAAGGUAUAAAAAAUAUGUCUAUACCUUUCAUUUUGUUUAUUGUUGCAAACAGAAGUUCCAAUAUCCACAUUUUUUCAUUAUGGUACUUUGGCAGAAAAAUAAGAUACUGAAACGGGCUUUAUGUGUACAUUUUGUGUAGAACUAGUGCUGCUACAAACAAUUAUUUUAGUAGUCGUUUAAUUACUGAUUAUUAUCAUUAGCUUUAAACUAACUAGAUAUAAUCACACAAGCAUUAUAUGCAACAUGAAUGCUGUAAGCUAAAUUUUGCCGCUGAAGAUGGUAGUGCUGAUAGCUGAAGAUGCUAAAAUU